GGGGAAAUAAAGAAAUAGAGGAGGUAAAUACGUUUAAGUACUUAGGUUUUACGUUUAACAAGAAAGGGAACUAUAAGGAACAUAUAAAAGAAUUGAGUAGAAAAGGAAGGUUGGUAGCAAAUAAGGUGUGGGGAUUAGGAGAGAGAUUAGGAAGAAAUGAUUUUAGAAGGAGGUGGACUCUGUUUAGGUACCUAGUUUAGAGUGUGAUGGCGUAUGGAGCAGAAAUAUGGGACUGGGCAGAAAAAGAAGCGUUGGAGAAAAUAAUGUUAGUCUAUGUUAGAUGGCUGUUUGAAUUAAAUUUUUGCACACUAAGAUACAUUGUAACCAGGGAAUUGGGAAUGGAAAAAUUGCGUAUAGGAUGAGGAAUAAGGGCCAAAAGAUAUGAGGAUAGGAUCAAAAACGGGGUAGCAGGUAAUUUAGUCAAGAACUGGUGAAUGGAGAAAGAGUGGAAGGGAAAAAAGGAUUUAUAUAGCAAAGAAAAAGAAAAAUAUUACAAUAGAAAUGAUUGGGGAGUGAGCACAGUAGAGGCAUGGGAGAGGAAAGGGGGAGAGAUGGAACUGAAGAUCAUUGAGAGAGAAAGGGAUAUACAGAAGCAAGAAGAGGAGAGUAGGAUUUUAGAGUCAAGAUACAACAAGAAAUACAGAGAAAUAAGGGUAAAGAGUGGGGAAUCCAGACCUAGGUAUUUAGAAAUAGAAAGUUUAAACAAGAUAAGGGGAGGAGAGGGAAUCAGGACACUAAUAAAUUUGAAAUGUAAAAAUAUGGAAGAGGCAAAUAAAUAUUGGUUAAGAGAAAAAGAAAGGGAAUGCGUGAAGGUUGGGAUAAUAUGGAACAUUAGGGAACUGUCAAGAACUGAAAAAGGAUUAGGCGGAAUUAAGCAAAGGAAAAGACGAGAUUAUGGAAAAAAUCUGAGACGAUGAUCUUGAUUUGUUUAAAAAAAAGAUUUUAAGAAGGAUAUGGAUUAAGAGAAAGAAAGUGAAAAAGAUGAAGAAAGAAAGAAAGGAACAAGAGGAGAAAUUAAGAAAGAAAAUAGACAUUAAUAAGGAGGAGGAAAAGAAGCUAAACAGAUCAGGGCAAUAGCAAUACGAGAGGUAGA